AUGGGAUAUACAGUUGAUACUAUUGAAAAUGAAAAUAACCCAGAUAAUCCUCCAAGUUUUUCAGAAAGCACAAAACAACCAAACAAAGAAGUUGAUUGUAUGGCAACUGAUCUGGGAGAUUUGCAAUUCGGUCCAAUUCGUCCAAAAUUACAAAUAAGUGGUUCUACUGGAUCUGGAUCUUCUAAGAGGUCCAAAUCAAAGCUUGAGUUACAUGCUGCUUGUAAACAGCACCUUAUAAGCAAAGAAAAAUGGAACUCUUAUAUUUUGAGCAAAAAAAAUGGUUCAGUGCAUGCCGUGCUAUCAACUGCUCAUUCAGAACAUAUAGAAAAAAAUCGAAAUUGGAAGAUUCAAAACGAACUGAUAGACUGCUGUUCUAAUACUGUGUUCUUAAAUAUUAUUAGGGAUAUCAGACACUGCGAAUAUUUUGCGUUAAUGUGUGAUGAAGCAAGGUUUGUUGGAUUUGUAGAUGUGUCAAUAAGUCAAAACACUGAAGCAUUAUCAUCUGCUAUUUUAUCAUUUCUUGACAAACACAACAUUCUGAAUGUACCCAUCAUAGCACAAAGCUAUGACGGAGCAAAUGUUAUGUCAGGUAACCACAAUGGAGUACAAAAAAAAAUUAAAGGCAAAAACCCUUUUUCUAUUUAUAUACACUGCAUGGCCCACAGAACUAAUUUAGUGGUAAUUGAUAUGUGUAAAUCAAUUAAGGAUGCUAGAAAUAUAUUCAAUGGGUUAGAAGCGUUGUAUAUCCAUUUUUCAAUCCCAUUAAAGAAUAUGAUGUUGGUUGAUAUACAAGAGAAACUUGGAAUUAAAAAAACAAAACCAUGUUCCAAUAGUGAUACAAAGUGGUCUUGCCGUUUUAAAAACUGCAAAAUGGUGAUGGAACAUUAUUCUUCUAUAAUAAAAGUUUUAAAAUAUGAAAUAGAUAAAAAUACCGACAAAAACGUUGCAAAUACUAUAGGAAUCCUGUACACAAUGGAAAAAACUUCAUUUCUUGUGCAUUUGUUUGUUUUACAUGAGAUUUUACUUAUAAUUAAUAUACUAAGUAACAAACUCCAAGAAAAGACUGCAACGUUGGGUAAAGCAUCUCAAGUAAUAGAUUCUGUUAUUGCCACCCUAGAAACUAAUCGCCGAUCUAAGAGAAAAAGAACACAGCCAAAUAAACUAAGUAAUUAUAUUACUGGUGAAAGUGAAGAGCAUAGCUCAAAUGAUAUUAUGACAUGCUAUCGUGUCAAGUAUUUUAUUAUUUUGGACACUGUAAUAAUGAAUCUUGAAAUUAAAUUUUCAAAAGAAAGUAUGAAGUUGGCUAAUAGUGUGGAUGGCUUUUUAAUGUUUGACUAUUUAAAAAGCAUUACAUUUAUAAACCAUUAUAAAAAUUUAUUGAAUACUGAUGUGGAAAGUUUAAAGGCAGAAAUGAUGGUUGCACAAAAUCUUAAAAAACAAUCUACCGAUAAUAAAAUGAUGACACCUGAAGGAAAUGGCUGA